UUUUUUAUUGUUGGAAAUUGUGAAUUUUUGCUACCUAUUGUGGGCCCUCAUAUUUUGCUCAAGAGAAAGAGAUAACAAAAUAUAUCUACAUUUCCCUUCUUCUACUUUAUUCUUGAUCUACCUUAGGGGGUAUAGCUUAGAACACAAUAUACACCAUUACCAUGAGACUUAAUCCAAUUCAACUAUCUCAAGUUUUGUACUCUUUGCUUUUCAUAUCAUAAUAAUAAUUAUAUUAUUAUAAAUAUUACCCAACAACUUCUCUAGAAAUUAAGUAUUCAUCAAUGGAGAUUUCGUGAGAUUAUUUUCUUAGAUGUAGAUCUCUGUCCCUCCAAGACUUGGAUAGGGUAUUAAUUAAUUUCUAGAACUACUUGACCUGAAUAUUUGUAUUGCAAAACCACCACACUUCAGGAAAAGAUAGCUACAAAGUCCCCUCGAAGUCAUAGAUUAGUAAUCUCAAAACAAAAGAGAAAAAACAAUGGUGGGAGUAGGAGAGACAGAGGAGACGAUGUCACAUGAACAAGGAGAGGUAGAGCCCUCAUCACUACUGCUCAUCCAAGCUAAUACUGAGCAGAAUAACCAAAAGAACAACAAUACUACUACGACUCAGUACCCAUUUUCAUCUCUGGGAAGACAGUGCUCAAUUUACUCUCUUACCCUCGAUGAGUUUCAGCACACUCUUAAUGAAAGUGGUAAGAAUUUUGGCUCCAUGAACAUGGACGAGUUCCUCACAAGUAUCUGGACAGCCGAGGAAAACCAAGCCAAUAACAAUGAUAACAAUACUAAUAAUGAUGUUGAUGAUGAUGAUAACAAUAAUAAUAAUAAUAAUCAUGGCAGUUACAACAAUGGCGGCGGCGGCGGCGGCGGCGCGGCAGCUGCAGCCGACUUACUAUCACUCAGUAAAGUCGGCGCCGAAAAAAUUGGGGUAGCUUCUCAGCCGAGCCUGACGCGCCAAGGCUCUCUCACUCUCCCUCCGCCGCUGUUUCGGAAGACUGUGGAGGAGGUUUGGUCGGAGAUUCAUAGCAAAGGUCGGCACGAUGACGAUCAACAGAGGCAGCGGCAGAGCACUAGCGCCAGCGCCGCCACUAGGAAUAAUACUAUUAAUCAUCUUGAUAGUGUUGGGGAUAUUGUGAGAAAUUCCGAUUCUACCCCUCGUCAGCCUACAUUUGGAGAAAUGACUUUGGAGGAUUUUCUCGUCAAAGCAGGGGUAGUUCGGGAACCUGCUCCUUUAACGACGGUGUCACCUACGCCGACGACGCAGUCACUGAAGACGCAACAGUACGGAAUGUACCACAACAACAACAACAACAGCAGCAGCAACAAUAACAACAAUUCUGCUGGAGCAGGGCCUAGUUUUGUGAACAGAGUCACCGGAAAUUCUAGUGGCGGUUUGGGUUAUCCGAGCGCGGUGGCUUUCGGGGACUCGGCGGUUUACGGAGGGAGUUCUUCGAGAAACGGGGCUUACACGCAGCAGCAGCAGCCGCCCGCGCCACCGCCUCCUCCUCCGGGUGUUUGUUAUGGCGGGAGAGGAGUGAAUGGCGGAGGAGGCGGGUACGGUGUGGGGGCGGUAGCUGCGCAAGCGCCUAUGGGGUUGGCUGUUCCGAUGAGUCCGGUGUCUUCGGACGGAAUUUGUGGGAGUCAGGUUGAGAAUUCUGGUAAUCAAUUUGGUUUAGAUAUUGGUGGGGUGAGGGGAAGGAAGAGGAGUCAUGAUGGUCCUGUGGAGAAAGUGGUGGAGAGACGGCAGAGGAGGAUGAUCAAGAAUCGAGAGUCGGCUGCCAGGUCUAGAGCCAGAAAACAGGCGUACACAGUUGAACUGGAAGCAGAAUUGAACCAACUAAGGGAGGAAAAUGCUCACCUUAAGCAAGCACUGGAAGAACUCGAGAGAAAGCAAAAGCAACAGUACUUUGAGGAAAUGAAGAUGAAAGCUCAAACAAGAGUCUCUAUAGCCAAGGACAAAUUGAAAUUAUUCAGAAGGCAUUUGAGCUGCCCUUUGUGAUUAAAUGACAAAAAAAAAGCAUUUUAAGAAACAAGGGACAGCUCAUGUAACCAGUAAAAAAGAAAAAAUCUGAGACUAAAAGGCUGAUCAAAGAGAAAAUGUUACAAAAGGUGUUGAAAUUUGAUUGCAAGGACUACUACUACUAGCAUGUUUGGUUGAUUUUAGGAUUAGAUAAUUAUGUUUGGGACUUAAUUUCUACUCGCCUUGAAUAGUUUUUGUACACAAUCUUAGUCUAAUUUAUACUUGGUUAGCGUAUAUGUCUUUGGGUUUUUUCCUUUGUGAUCAAAUGUGUAUAUAUGAUGAAGUUUUUCCAGUCAAUUGAUGGCUAUUAGUGGUAGUGGUAUACAUGCUGAGACACUACUGUGAUUAAUUGUUAUAGGGAUAAAGAUGCAGAGGCAGAACCUAGUUUACGAGGGAAGGAACUGCUUUUUAGUUGUGAGUAGAGUAAAAAGAGAAAGACAAUGCCUACUUUUAUGUAUUUAUAUGCUAGUUAAUAGUUACUAGGUACGUGCCGCCCUCUUUAUUAGAAAAAUAAAUUAACAAUUAGUGUUAUUAAA